AUGGAUGCUAAUUUCCUUGGGCUCAACUACCAUCUUAUGCUCGGAACGUGUUCUGCUCACAGCAGACAAGGUGCGGCCCUGGCUAUUAAAACCGGAACACCUUUCCAACGGCUACCGGUAAAUUCGGACAUACAAGCAGUAGCAAUCCGCAUAUUUUCACCUGUCGAAAUGACGCUCGUUUCCAUCUACUUACCACCAAGUGAAAUCGACGUCUUAGACAAACUAGAAGAUUUGCUCGACACACUUCCGAAACCACUCAUGAUUCUGGGGGACUUCAACGCUCACCAUGCUUCAUGGGGGAGCCGUAUUUUAAGCAGAUCUACGAUAGCAGCGAACAGAGCAAAUUGGGAGGAAUACGUGGAGCUAGUAAACGAAAAUAUCAUUCCGGAAGAACCGCUAACGGUGGAAGAAUUCACAGAACGACUCAUCGAAGCGGCAGAAAAAACAAUUCCGAGAACAAUAAUAUGGAACCGUAUAAAUCGCUUACGAGGUAAACGUCACUCUAACAACAUCAUCUUUCAUCUACCAACUGGAGCUACUAGCGACGGGUCUACAGUCUGCAAUGUACUGGCAGAUGAGUACGAAAAACGCUUUUCGGAUUCCAACUACCCAAAACGGCUUCAAAACUCAACCAGAUCUGCAUUCACAAUCGACCGACCGUACCUCGAUGAAAAAUACAAUUCAGCUUUUUCGCUGCUUGAAUUGGAAUGGGCACUUGAACGACGUGGAGGUAAUUCUACUGGCCAUGACAAUAUCGGUUACCCUUUGCUACAAAAACUUCCUGGAUCUUCCAAGCGUGCUCUCUUGGAUCUCUACAACCGUAUUUGGACAUCGGGACAAUUUCCACCAUCCUGGAGACACGGUAUUGUAAUCCGUAUCCCCAAACCAGAUGGAAAUCGAAGUCAACCAGAUGGAUACAGGCCCAUAACUCUCCUUAGCUGCAUGGGUAAAGUAUUCGAACGUUUGAUAAAUCGUCGUCUAGUUACCGAGCUCGAAGCCACCGGUAGAUUAGAUCACCGUCAACACGCUUUCCGUGCUGGUCAUGGAGUGGAUACUUAUUUUGCCCAGCUAGAAACCCUUACAAACAUCAACGAUUCGGAGCACAUAGAGUUGGUAUCUCUGGACAUUUCGAAGGCGUUCGAUACCACCAACAGGACUCAUAUUCUGCGCACAUUGAGAGGAUGGAAAAUAAGAGGCCGUAUGCUGAAUAUGUUAUGCAGCUACCUCGAGCACAGAACGUUUAAGGUAUCUGCAAACGGAUCGUUAUCAACUCUACGAUCUGCUGAAAACGGAGUUCCUCAGGGAUCUACUUUGUCCGUAACGCUUUUCUUAGUAGCCAUGCAACCUUUGUUUGAUGUUAUACCGAGUAACGUGGAAACUCUGCUAUACGCCGACGAUGUUCUCCUGAUCUCCAAAGGUACGGAUAGAGUAAAAUUGCGUCAAGAACUGAGAGCAGCUGCAAAUGCUGUUGUCAAAUGGACAACAUCAGUAGGUUUCACGUUGUCGGCUCCGAAGUCCAAACUAAUGCACAUAUGCAGAAUCAAGCACAGAAAGCGAGGCAGACCGAUCAAGCUUAACAGAGAACCUAUACCUCAAGUCAGAACCAUGAGAGUACUAGGUGUGCUCUUGGAUUCUAAAAUGAACUUCCGCCAACAUUUCCGACAAGUCAAACAGAGCUGCGAAAAUCGUGUCAGAAUCCUUAAAAUCCUUGGAUACCAACUCAGAAGAGGUCACCGUAAAACCCUGCUUCAAGUCGGAAACUCUUUGGUCACUUCCAAGUUACUUUAUGGUGUAGGCCUGACCAGCUGCAACAUUGAUUUGAUGGACGAGAUGCUAACACCUACAUACAACGAAGUAGUCAGACAAUCAUCUGGAGCUUUUCGUUCAAGCCCAGUUGAAUCUCUUUUAGCUGAGUCAGGUUGUCUACCAUUUCGACUAUUGCUUGUGCAACGACUAGCGCAAUUAGGCAUUCGACUGGUGGAAAAAAACAUUGACCAAAGUGCGUUGACAAUUGAUCGAUCGGAAAACGUCUUCCAAUCAACCGCCAACACGCCAGUACCCAGCGUCUACCCACUUUCAAGGCUUACUGAUCGUUUGUGGAACCAUGACCUCCCGAAAAUUGAUAUCACAUUAAAAAGAAGCAUUAAAGCUGGGAGUAGCCAAAGAAUUGUACUCCCGAAGUUCAACGAGUUCAUAGCUAGUAAAUAUUCCACAUUUAAACACAUAUACACCGACGGUUCUAAAGAUAACAACAACACUGGGGCUGGAGUUUAUCUACCACCCAGGAAAAUCAGUCGCAAUUUGCCAAGUGAUUGCAGUAUUUUUUCAGCAGAGGCGUAUGCACUAAACGUUGCUGCUCAAGAAUCGGACAUAAAUGAAUCCACACUCAUCCUUACUGACUCAGCAAGCUGCUUGGACGCACUCUAUAAAGGAGCGUCCCGACAUCCAUGGAUCCAAAGCUUAGAAAACCAUGCACGCGAGCGUAAUCUUAUAUUCACUUGGGUACCAGGGCAUGCUGGAAUACCUGGCAAUGAAGAAGCCGAUAAAUGUGCUAACAUCGCACGUAAUAGCACCCCACCGUCAGCCGAUCGUAGAAUACCAGCUCAAGAUGCUAUUCAGAACGUAAAAACCAGCAUUUGGAGCACAUGGGAGCACAAAUGGCAUUCGAAUCAGUCAUUCCUUAGGCAACACAAAUAUAUGCCCAUAAAACCUAAAGACCGGAAAUGCUCAUCAGACCAGCGAGUUUUAACAAGAUUACGCAUAGGUCAUAAAAGACUGACCCAUGCACACUUGUUCGACAGAAGCUCCCCACCGAUAUGCCAGUUCUGCGGCGUACAAACCACUGUGCAACACAUUUUGAUCGACUGUCGCGGAUACGAAGAAGCUCCAAAAAUUGAAUCAUUCAAUUUAACAUUGAAAGCUAUGCAAAUUAUUGAACCAUCGUUAUCUCAGUAA